AGACUAAUAUUAAGAACGAUGUCACAGUCCUCAUCAGUCAAGCAAGGACCAAAAGCCAAAGAACUUCCCUGCAUAUUUUUUGAUCUAGUUCGUAAUUACAGUAGUUGGGGGUUAAACGUUUGUGGAAUGCCAAAAUCGGAUUAUUGGAGAAACGCUAAUGCGCCAUCAGCGGCUAGUAAACUUAAAGCACUUAAAGAUUUAAUACCAGAACUUAGUGAUCGACAAUUUUCUCAAUUUUCUCUUUGCAUAAACCAUUAUAAUCAAGUUGUAGUUUCUGAUCAUUUUUACCAACAACUUUUAGGUAGUUCUA